GGCUGCGGGGGGGCAGCGAGGCCGGGACCCCCCGCACCGGCACCGGCAGCGGCAGCGGCGCCAUGGACGACUCGGGCGUGAUCCGGCGGCGGCGGCUGCAGAAGGAGCUGCCGCUGCCGCGGAAGAGCAGCAGCUGCCGCACGAGCAACCGGAAGAGCCUGAUCCUGACCAGCACCUCCCCCACCCUGCCGCGGCCGCACUCGCCGCUGCCCGGACACAUCGGUACGAGCCCCCAGGACAGCCCCCGGAACUUCUCCCCCAGCGCCCCCGCGCACUUCUCGUUCGGAGCGUCCCGCCGGGCCGACGGGCGCCGCUGGUCCCUGGCCUCGCUGCCCUCCUCGGGCUACGGCACCAACACCCCCAGCUCCACCGUCUCGUCCUCGUGCUCGUCGCAGGAGCGGCUGCACCAGCUGCCGGCGCAGCCCACGGCCGAGGAGCUGCGGUUCCUGUCCCGCCACUUCGGCAGCUCCGAGAGCCUCGCCGAGGAGGAUGGGGGGCGGGGCGCGGCCGCCCCCAGACCCCGGUCCCGCAGCCUCAGCCCCGGGCGCUCGCCCUCGUCCCACGACAACGAGAUCGUGAUGAUGAACCACGUGUACAAGGAGAGGUUCCCCAAGGCCACGGCGCAGAUGCAGGAGCGGCUGGAGGAGUUUGUGCGGGGCUGCGGCCCCGGGGGGAACCCGCUGGCCGACGGCGCCCUGAGCUUCAUCCAGCACCAGCUGGCCGAGCUGGCCCGGGACUGCCUGGCCACGGCGCGGCACGGCCUCAUCACGGCCGGCUACUUCUGCGAGCUGCAGGAGAGCAUGGAGCGGCUGCUGCAGGACGCCUACGAGCGCUCCGAGUCGGAGGAGGUGGCCUUCAUCACCCAGCUGGUGAAGCGGCUCCUCAUCAUCAUCUCCCGCCCCGCGCGCCUGCUCGAGUGCCUGGAGUUUGACCCCGCGGGGCUCUCGCAGCUGCUGGGCCGGGCCGAGGGGCCCCUGCGAGCCGACACCCCCCGGUACCUGCUGAGGCAGCUGGGCCGGGCCCGGGGGGCGCGCGCAGACAUGCUGCACCUGGAGGAGCCCGACAGCAGCGGCACCAACACGCCGGAGCCCGAGGAGGGGGCUGAGGGCCGCGUGGCCGCCCCCCGGCCCAAGGAGCCGCCAGGUGAGAGCGACUUCGAGACCAUCAAACUGAUCAGCAACGGCGCCUACGGGGCCGUGUACCUGGUGCGGCACACGGCCACGCGGCAGCGCUUCGCCAUGAAGAAGAUCAACAAGCAGAACCUGCUGCUGCGGAACCAGGUGCACCAGGCCUUCGUGGAGCGCGACAUCCUCACCUUCGCCGAGAACCCCUUCGUGGUCAGCAUGUUCUGCUCCUUCCAGACCCGCCGCCACCUCUGCAUGGUCAUGGAGUACGUGGAAGGCGGGGACUGUGCCACGCUGCUCAAGCACAUCGGGGCGCUGCCCCUGGAGCUGGCCCGGCUCUACUUCGCCGAGACCGUGCUGGCGCUGGAGUACCUGCACACCUACGGCAUCGUGCACCGCGACCUCAAACCCGACAACCUCCUGAUCACCUCUCUGGGCCACGUGAAGCUGACGGAUUUCGGGCUCUCCAAGAUGGGGCUGAUGAGCCUGACCACCAAACCAGCUGUGCCGGGGCGGGACCAGGUGUGCCUGCAGCGGCUCAGGGCCGUGUCCCCCGCUGUCCCCGCGUGUCCCCAGGUGUGCGGCACCCCCGAGUACAUCGCCCCCGAGGUGAUCCUGCGCCAGGGCUACGGCAAGCCCGUGGACUGGUGGGCCAUGGGCAUCGUCCUCUACGAGUUCCUGGUGGGCUGCGUGCCCUUCUUCGGGGACACCCCCGAGGAGCUCUUCGGGCAGGUGAUCUCAGAUGAGAUCCUGUGGCCCGAGGGGGACGAGGCGCUGCCCCCGGACGCUCAGCACCUCAUCUCCUGCCUGCUGCAGCCGGACCCGCUGCGGCGCCUCGGGGCAGGGGGCGCGCAGGAGGUGAAGGCGCACGGAUUCUUCGCCGCGCUCGACUGGACGGGGCUGCUGCGGCAGAAAGCCGAGUUCGUGCCGCACCUGGAGUCCGAGGAGGACACGAGCUACUUCGACACGCGGUCGGACAGGUACGCCCACGUGACGUCCUACGAGGACGAGGACACGACCGAGGACGAGCCCGUGGAGAUCCGGCAGUUCUCGUCCUGCUCGCCGCGCUUCAGCAAGGUGUACAGCAGCCUGGAGCAGCUCUCGCAGGAGCCCAAGGCCAAGGGGCGCCCACGGGACGAGGGGAGACGCGACGGCUUCGCCCGGGAGCGCGGCUGGAGAACCGGAUCACCGGAGCUGAAGCCCCGCUCGGCCGGCGCAGGGGAGGGGGCGCCGCCGCCCCCCGAGGGCGAGGGCAGCCCCCCCCCGGGCGCGCGCCGCCGCUUCUCGGCGCUGCUGGAGCCGCGCCCCGCGCCCCCGAGGAGCGCGGAGCGAGCCCCGCGGGCCCGGAGCCGCCCCCGCACCGAGCUGGGGCUGCGGCGGCCGCGGCACCCGGGGGUGGCCCCCGCCGAGCCCGGCGGCGACAAGCGGAGCCCCCGCGCCCCCGGCAAGGUCACCAAGUCGGCGUCGGCCACGGCGCUGUCCGUCAUCAUCCCCAGCGGUGCGUGA